GAGGCGGGCCCGGCGGGCGGCUGCGCGGAGGGUGCACGCGGGGGCCCUGGGGCUGUCCGCCUUGCUGCUGGCGGCCGAGCAGAGCGCGCGCCUCUGCUCCGUGGUCUACUACUCAGCUCAGGACAGCUGCUCUGGGGGUGGCUGGCCCUUUCUGUGCUGCUGCCUGGCUUCCUGGUCCAGGGCGUGAGCUAUGUGUGGUUCCGGGCGGAUGGACAGCAAGGCAUUGGGACGCCAUGUCCACUGCUCUGUCGAAGGAGCGAGAAGCCUCCCGCUGAGACCAACUGCUGCUGCAGGAGGCCGACCUGUCUGCCCUCCGCCUCCUGGAAGCCCUCGUGCAGAUGGGGCCCCACCUGCUGCUCCAGACGCAUGUUUUCCUCGCCUCGGACUUCACAGAUAUCGUGCCAGGCGUGAGCGCCCUGUGCUCCUGGUGCGCGCUGGCCUGGGCCCUGGUGUGCUAUGCUUGCUGCAUGGGCUCCAUAAAGCCAGGUCACCCGUCCACACCGUGGGCCGCCCUCUUCUGCCAGCAGCUCUGGAGGAUGGGCAUGUUGGGGGCCCGUGUCCUGAGUCUGGUCCUCUUCUUCAGAGCUUACCACAUCUGGGUUUUGGCUUUUGGAGGUGCCCACUGGCUGGCGAUGACCUUCUGGCUCGUGGCACAGCAGAGUGACAUCAUCGACAGCACCUGCCCCUGGAGGCUGUUCAACCUGCGUGGGGCUGUGUACAUCCUCUGCCACCUCAGCUUCUGGGACAGCCCUUCCAGACAUCGGAUGGCCGUGUUCUAUGUGAUUAUGCUGUUGGAGAACAUCAUCCUUUUGCUGUUAGCCACUGACUUUCUCCAGGGGGCCUCCCAGACCAGCCUGUGGACCGUAGCUGGAGUCUUGUUCGGAUUUCUGAUUGGCAGUGCGUCGCUGGUAACCUAUUACAGCCUGCUGCACCCGAGGUCCCCCAACAUCUGGCGCAGCUGCGGCUGGCAGUCCUGCGCCAUCGCAGCGGGUCCCGCGGCGGAGAGGCCGGGCAGCCCGGGCACACGCCAGGAAGAAAGUCACGAGUUCUCCGGUCUGGAGAAGGCCCCCAGCCCACUGUGGGGACCGGCAGAGGCCAGGCUGGAAAGCCAGACUGCUCAGGAGGAUUCUUUCCUCAGUCAUCAUCACUGGCUGUUGGUGAAACUUGCCCUAAAAACAGGAAAUGUAUCUAAGAUCAAUGCAGCCUUUGGAGAAGACAGUCCUGGUGGCUUCCACCCCCCUGCAUGGGGCUGGAACCAGCACUACACCAAGCAGAGGACGCCCCUGUUUUCCCAGCAAGAGCUCCCACUGUCCCCCCAGGGCCCCCUGUCCUCAGAGAAAGGCUCUGAGUUUCAGGGUGUCCCGAACUCAGAAGUGGACCUAUUGGAAACCUCCAGUUUCGUCUCUUUUGCCAGCGACAGUCACGACCCAGCUCCUGCCCAGAGGCAGUCAGCCGCACCGAGGGAGCACAGCCCGAGGGAAGGAGCCGGAGCUAUCUCUCCACUGCAGAGCAGGGGUGCGGGUGGGCGGAGAGGAGGUGAAGGGCAGGAGAGCUCCACGCUGUACUUCAGUGCCAUGGCCGAGGGGGCCCCAUCCUCACCCCAGGAAGGCAGGCAGGCAACUCUGCAGACACCCCACUCUGAGACGAGGGCAGAGUCCUCACCCUGGCUGGCCACACAGCCCUUCCCUGCCACUAUGGCCGACAUCAGCCCCAUCCUGGCCGGGCCCUGCCGGAAGCUUCUGCCACCCGCAGGCCUCGUGGGCAGGGCCUGGGGCAGCUCAGAGCAGGGGGAGCAGCAGGAGCCCACGAGGGACCGGAACCUUCCUGCCACUGCUGGGACGCGGACAUCAUUGCCAAAGGCGAGCCUGCGGCCCGCAGACCAGCCUUACCUCACGUCCACUCCCAAGUGUGAGGCUGCCCGUGGGGACUGCAGCUGGACGGCCCGGCUGAGGACCAAGCUGACCGUCUUCAUCUGACCGCAGGCUGGCAACACAAGCUGAUCCCUGGGCUCCAGGACACCUGCACCCCCAGUCACCCCUGUCUGGACCUCGGUUUGCACACCCAAAGCCUGAGGGAACUGCAGCGGAUUAUUUCUGAGCUCCCCUGCGAACAGCACAUGCACACGUAUGUGGGACACGCUUUCCCAUCACGGUGUGGGGGAGGGCGCAGGGCUUCCAGUCAAAAGUGCCGGCUUCCUUUUAUGAACGGUAGGAUCCCUAUUUUAUUUUAUUUUACUUUAUUUUUGUUGCUAUGGCUUCUAGGAAACUCAGCAGUAAAGGCCAGAGUUCUGUUUGAUUCUGGGCUCCUGUGACAGUUGGCACCUGCCGACACUGAGGAGUUAUUAAUCUUUGGAAAAUGUAUUCUUCCUGCAUAAUUUAUGAAACCUCGUGGGAAGGUGAAGCAUUCCGUUUCUGGAAGCCGAUGAGAAAGCUGUGCUUCCAAUCGUCGACAUAACUGAAAAUGCAAAUGUCAUCCUGAGAAUCUUCUGGCAGAAAAAAAAAAUUUUUUUUUUUUGCUAGAUACUCAGUCCUCCUCCCAGGCCAGCAGCUCUGAGUCAGGUGGUCCCUCUCCACCCCUGACCUCACACUUCAUUACUGUGCUCCCUCCUCCGUUCCGUGUGAGCCGCUACCUGUGAUCUAAGCUUUCCCCAAAAUGGGCUCUUUGUGGACAGGGAUUUCCAUCAUCUCUGGAAGCCUUCCUUCAGAGCUGGUUAAAAAGUGUGGUCAGAAAGCACAGAGGCAGAAGGCGGAGCCCACAUGGAGAGCUGGGCGCUGUUUGCGGGCAGUCCUUUCUACCUUUACCAGACACCUCUGGGUUCAGGGACAAUAGGACCCAGAGAGGAAGUGUGUGUGACCACAUAGUGAGCUUUCAGGCUCUCAUUGUCCCUGUUGCUGGCCACAGACGCCAAUGGCAGAUAGCAGGCAGAGGCUCCGAACUCUGGUACAACAGGGACCUAUAAGAGCCCCCAGGCCGCUGCCUGGAGGAAGGAGCGUCAGAGACAAACCAGAGCUGGAGAGCAGCGGAAGCAGUAAAAACAUGGUAUCAAAGACCACUGCAAUAGCGGUUAAGAGAAAAGUCUACACCCACACUCCAUUGUGGAUACAGCAUGGACACGUGGGAACUGAUGGGCAAGGAGCAGAGUGGGGGUCAGUGGAUGGAAAUGGACGGAGAGGAGGCCUGAGGGGUAAAGGGAAGACUCCAGCUGACCCAACCUAACAGGACUCCUGCUGAAGGCAGGCCAGAUGGUCCGACCUCUCCUGGGGCCGGUGGGGUCUGGAGAAUUUGACCAGAUACAGGUGAUGAGACCUUGAGCAUGGAGGAUUCUGCUGAUAUUAACUCAGCAGGAUUCUUGCUUAAACUGGACAAAGCAGGGAGGAACGUGAAAAGAGACCUCGUUGAAAAGUUCAGGGGAGCCCGAGUGGGGUUUGGUCAAGGGGAGGCUCUUUGUAGGGAGGUGUGGGUGUGGCACUGGUGGUCUGCCCAGGGCAGCAGAAGGCGCUUCUCUGAGCCACGAUGUCUGGCCUUCCCCCUCCCACGCCAAAGGCUCACCAGGGACCAAAUGCCCUCACGCCCUUGAAGAAAGACUUACUGGACAGCGGGGUCCACUUCCCUACACCGCUUGUCUUCACCUCUGUGGUCAGGAUGUGCGGGGCACAAGUAUGACAUUUUUAGAAGGAAAGGCCAAAGCCCUUCAGGUCGAGAGCCCCAGGGGCCACCUGGACUUGAGCCAGCUGGGUUCGUGACCCCUCGCAGCCAGAGGGAGUGCGGCCCAUGGGGGCGGCUCAGUGAGAGGUGGGAGAAAGGGCUCAGAGGAGCGUGGGCGGCAGACCGGCUCCCGGACGUCAGAGGCCACUGCUUCUCUCCCUGAUUCCAGAGGAGCGGCUUAACAGCUGCUUGCAAAGCUCAGCACGCCAUACCGGGUCCGCUCGAUGGCCGUGACUGCCUCCGCAAGCGACCGUCACCCACAGCCUCAAAGCAGGGGUGUCGCUCCCAACGCCUCGGCUCCGAGGUACUUAUCUUACGUCUGCUGCCGCCCCUGCCCACACGGCUUUCUGGAUUCCUUGACGGCUACUUCACUCCCGUCUUACCCACGAAGCCACGCAGGAUGCGAGGAGGGACUACCAGUGCCCUUAAGCGCUACAGACCAGACAGGUACCGCCUGCACUGCCAUUUCUCAAAAGCAGGGAACCCCGGGCUCUCCAGAACCUCCGGGAAAUCAGGGUCCAUUCCCGUGUUUCUACAGCGGUUGAAUGCUGCUUGCGGGCGGCCGAUUCUCCAGCUGUUUGCCCUGGGGAGCAAGAAAGCCGAUGGCGGCUCGUGGCAAGCGCUCCGUCAACAGCCGGUAAGUGGAAUUGAAUUUCUAGGUUUUUCCAGAUGUCCAAGGAUUGUACUUCCAUAAGCCACGCUUCUGAAGAGCCAUUUUUUUUUAUUUUACUUUUUAAAGUAAUCGCUACACCCAAUGUGGGGCUCAAACUCAGGACCCCGAGAUCAAGAGAGGCACGCUUCACCAGCCGGGCACCCACCGAGCAAGCCUUUUUGGAAGUGGGUGUUUAUAAAACUGUUACAGACCCCCUGCCUUUGUGACAGAAGACUCCGAUCUUGUAAGAACAAGACAGCCGCUCUUCUGCUCCCGUGGGGUAAUCAGAAGUUUGAUAAAGGGACUGCUUGCAGGGUUGGGCGACUGAGUUCCAGAAACCGGGGAGGGAUGGCAGAGCGCCCCGGCUGGCUGCUUCUGCCCUUGGGGGCAGGGGGAGGAGGCUGUCAGACCCCAGAGAGCACUCUGGCUGCAGCAGACGGACCGACCUGCUCCGUGCUGCCAGUAAGGAUGCAGCCAGCCCGUGGGGACCCGCUGUCCUUCCACUCCCGCCUUGGCCAGACCAGUGCCUGAGGACGGGGACUGAACACAGUCUCCAGAAGUGGGCUCCCACAGCCCUGUCUGGGGGAGCAGAACACCACCACCAUCCCCUCUUACACUUGCCUCCUGCAGACCGGCCCCCAGGCUGUGGCCGUUGUAAAGAUACGUCUGCUUUUCCUUGUCUUCUGCGCCCCUCCCUCAUGCAAGAGGAGAAUACAACAGCUUGUUUCUCUCCACUGAGUUACUAGAUUCUGGACUGAUGGUGAGUCACUUUCUGUGAGCUUUGCUGGCCCAAGGACAUAAUUCACUGCAGGUACUUCUAUGAAGAGGCAGAAAAACAAGUGGUGACAGAUGCGAUCGUUCUGUAAUCCAUACAAACAUCACGUCUUCAGGUUGUACACCUGCAACUAACAUCAUGUGUGUCAGUCAUACCUCGAGUUUGAGAAAGUGGAAAAACGAGAAGGGAGGUUUUAGGUCUUCUGCGCUCCCACGAAGUCAGCAGGGAUCCCAGAAAGAAGAGCACUCUUGCACGCCGUGUCACAGCGGCUUAAGGACAGGCAAGGCACAGCACAGCUGAAACAGAAUCAGAUCUGACGAGACGAGUUACGUUCCCCAUUAAAGGCAGGGGGCCCGUGUGAGUUUGGAUGCGACACAAACAUGACAGUGGCAUAUAGCAACGAGCACUUCUAUUUCCCUCUUGGGUCUGCGGGCCCUCCGCAGGGCUCUGGCUCACGCUGCCAGUCAAAGUGACCUGGGCUCCCCAUCCCGGGGGAGCAGCAGUGGACACACGGGCCAGGAAUUCCCCCAGGACCGGGGGGCAACAGGCCACGGUGCCCGUCCUGCCCACACUCUGUGGCCUCAACGAGUCACGUGGCUGAGCCCAACUUCCGUGGAGAGAGGGGUAGAGUCCAGCACCGCGGGCCACUGCCCGCACUUCCCUCGCGCCCCGUUUCUCUAGCCCAGCGCGUCCUGGACUUUGUGGCCGAGUUCAUGUACAUCUAACAAGGCUCUGAACUUACAAAUCCAAAGACAGAUUCCAGACAUAUCGGCGUUGAUGACUCCAGAGACAGGUUCAAUAUUCAUGUCCUGAUGUAUCUUUUUAGACGUCAAAAGGAGGUCUGAUAUACAUUUCUUCUCAACACUCCACAGCCUUGUCGGGGGCUCCUAGACCAAUGAUUUUGGCUCUGGCGUUGGCCAUGUUUGCCUUAGUUUUGAUUCUGUAUUCCUUCCUUUUUCUUGACCCCAGACAGCAUACCAGUUCUUCAAGGCAGCUUUCCCAGCCCUCGAAAAGCAACCAGAGCAAACCUGAGAGAAGAUCUGGAAAGGGAGACCCUUGUAGGGCAUUAUGCGGGGGCUCAGGUAGGGAACCCCGGCUCCCCAGAUGGGCCUCUGACUUCCUUUUCUCCUGCAUCCUUUUCUUGUUCCAGCAGAGAGAAGGGGUGUUUGCCGAGCAGCCAAGAUACCGUGGAAAGGAUUGAGGUGCUGGGACCCUUGGCAGCAGCCUCCUGGGGGGGACCGAAACCCCCGUGCAAUGCCUUGUUCUGCUUACGCCUCCAAAAGACCAGAGGAGAGGUUAACCUCUGAAAUUGUUAGCCAGAAUCGUGGUUUGUUUGGUUUUUCACGUUACAUUCUGCUGCGCCAACCAUGAGUUUUGUACAUUCUUUUUGUGCUGUUUCCUGAAUACGUUCUAAAUGCUGAUUAUACUUAGGUAUUUUAAGCAUUAAGAAAGAAUUUUACUGUAAACCUCAGUCUGGUUGCUCGCUUUAAAAUAAGGCUAUUACUUUUCUGUCCUCCUGAAUUUAAUUCAAUUUUCCAUACUAUUUAGGAUGACCAACUAUCCUGGUUUCCUUAGGGCCGGAGGGUUUUCUGGCUUGCAAGAUUUUAGGGCUAACACCAAAUAGUCCCAGGCCAAUUGGGAUGGCUGGUCACCCUGAUACCUGUUAGCCCUAUUCGAUUUUUGCCCUUUAAUGUAGCCACCAGCCCAGAAGAGGAGAGAAUGUACUCCCUGGUUAAAAGUCUUUGAGAUUGUACACCUUUCCUGACAUAAAUUUCUACACCACCAGAUCCCUAUCCCCUACCCUCGUCAAUCUUGCAAAAAAUCAAUUUGACUAAUCUCCCCCUUAGCAAUCAGUCCUACCAAAGUCAAUAUAAUCACUAACUUCAGGCUAUCCUGCUCUAAAGUCAAAGCUAUAAUCCAGAUUUUAAGUUAACAUCUCUCAGGGAGGAAAUCUCCCAUGGAAAAAUACCAUGGAAAAAUCCAUGACUUUGACCACACAGAUACAUUCAUUAUGGCAAGACUAUAAUCACAACACUGCCCGUCAGGGUUUCCAUUAUAAACGGGGUCUGAAUCUUGGUGGAGCGCAAUUCUUUCCAGCUGGAGUAAACCACGGACAGGUUUUCAGCCCAUUGGGGAUUUUUCUGAUUUGUUUACAAAUUGG